AUGCCGGGCGCUUCGUCGAGACUGUCGCCAACAGUGUCGCCGAGACUGUCGCCACGACUGUCGCUGGCGGCGUUGGAUUCCAUUGUUUUGGGGGACGAACUGUGGCGGAGCAUUGAGCGGCUCGACGGGCGCGCCGACGGCGAAGAGGGAUGCGACGACGAGGGGCGCGGCGCGCAAGAGGGGUGCGGUGCGGAGGAGGGUUGCGACUCUGGUAAUGACGGCGCGACGCCGUGGGACGACGUGGUGAAGGACCUCUUUCCUGAGCUGCAUGCCGCCACCCAUGAUGCCGCCCAUGAUGCCGCCCAUGAUGCCGCCCCGCCACCGCCUCCGCCGCCGCCCACAUCGGAUAUCGUGCUGCAGGUCCCGGCCAUUUCGUCUCCCCCUGCGCCCCCCUCCCCUCGCUCCGGCCCCACCUCCCUCUUCGGCUCUCUUCCCGCCGCUAGCAUCGGGCCGCCCCCCUCCGCCUGUGCGCGCGCGGAUUCCCCGCCACUGGAUGCCGCGCAGCUGCCUUCCGCUGGCAGCGAGCCCAUGAUCGACGCGACGAGGCUCGUGCGCGGGGCGCCGCAUACUGGGGGGGCAGCUUUGCCGCUCCUCUGCGCGCGGGCGCCUGACCGCCACGACCGCCGCGCUUGCGCGCUGCUCGCGCUGCCUGCCGCGUCUUCGCGCAUCCCGCCUCCGGCAGGCGCGCUGAAACGGCGGGCGGACGAGCUGAGAAGGGGCGAGGGCGCGCGGAGUGGCUUCGCCAAGACCCCGCCUGCCUCGAGAAGCAGCUGCGGCGCCGCUGAUGGUCCUGAUUGGCAGGACCCCGCCACGCGCACAGGAGGCGGGAGGGUGAGGACUGGCCCGCCCUCGCCCCUCCUUCUCCCACCCCUCGCUCUUCCGCCUUCCUCUCCCCCAGUCCUCAGAACCCCCUCCUCCUCCUUUUCAGCCCUCACGCUCCCGACCCCCCUCGCACUCCCCACGCCAUCCACGCCCUUCCCGUCUGACCGCGCGCCCCCUUCCGCCACUGCGCACCCCCCUCACCCCUCACCCGCGCAUCUUCCCGCCAGCCCCUCACCUGCCCGCUGCCCUGCCACCUCCCGUUCCCGCCCCUGGCGCAAUUACGGGGCGGCUGAGAGGCCAGGUGGCGGAGAUUUUGGGGGAACGGCCGUGGGGGGAGGAGCGACCGUGGGAAGAGGAGCAACCGUGGGGACAGGAGCUGCAGUGACAGGGAGAGCAGCAGUGGGCAUCAGGAAAAUUACGGCCGCAGCAGCAGCAGCACCUGGGGAAAGAGGAGGGUCAGCAGAGCUUGCUAGGGCAGCAGGCGGGGCAGGCAGCGCUGCAGGCGAGGGGUUGGCCGGGGCAAAGCGGCGGAAGGUGGGGGGUGGGGGACGCGUGUGUAUGUCGGCGGAAGCAGCGGCAGCACUGGAGGAAUACCGGGAGAAGGCGGCACAGCGGCAGCGGCGAGGCACUGCCAUGGACGCCCAGAGCGUGGCUGCUAGACGCAGGAGGGCCAACAUCAGCAGCAGAAUGGGCGUGCUCAAGUCGUUGGUGCCGGGCAGUGCAAGGCUGGACACGGCAUCACUGCUGGAGCGAGCAGCAGCGUACAUCGCCUUCCUGCACGACCACUCCCUGGCUGCGGGCGCCGGGCACGCUGACCAGCUGCAAGCACGCUUCACUGACGGGCUGGGUGCCGCGGAUGAGGUGUUGGACGGCGGUGGCAGUGACGCCUGUGCUCAUGCUGGUGGGGUUGGUGCUGGUAGGAGUGCUGCUGGUGCUGGGAAUAGGGAUGGAGGUGGUGGUGCAGAUGAUGCGGACUGCAUGGACAUCUGA